CCCAUAUCUGUUCACAGAAAUGAAACUUAACAUCUGAGCCACUAUCACAGAGCAGAGCUGAGGACUGGCUGCAGCAAAAUGAAGACGAAGGAGCCUCUUUUAGUCUGUGUGUUGGUCUUCAUCAUGUUGGUUGUGACCAACCUGACAGGAGCUGAAAGACAAGCAGAAUCACCAGAAGACUCUGGAACCAAUCUGGAGCAGAAGAUGUUCACUUUGUCCAGUUACGGUGGAGGCCUCACCCUGUUUGCACCGUACAUGUACCCUCCAGGAUCUGUGACAGACUCGACCACUUCCUACCCCACAGAAAAGUCCCAGAAGAACCCCACCAGGUCCCCUACCCAAACCACACCUCCACCCACCAGAGGUUACCUCAAAACUACGACGACCUACUGGCCGUACACGACCACCAGGUACUAUCCCUGGACCACAGCUCCGCCCACCAGAGGUGUGUCUGUGUGUUUGCGCCUCAUCACCUCCACCUCGAACCCGUCCAUCUUUACUCUGAGUCCAUCCAGCACGCCACUCAGCCUGCAGGUCACAGGCGGAGUCUUGUACCUGCUGAGGUUCGGGAGUAACCAGGUGACGCUGCGGCCCACCAUCCCCAUCUGGUCAAACAUCGGGCGGAGCAUGUGGACCAGCAUCUGCCUCACUGUGGACUUCACAAAGAACGUGGUCCAGAUGUUUAGCAACAUGAACAUGAGCAGCAGGAAGCUACUGAUGUACGGGUAUCGGUGGUCCGCUGAGCCCGUCAUCACUUUCUCAGGUUUUGACGGUCAGCUGACAGACGUCCAAGUGUGGGAUUAUCCUCUCCGCUACAAGGAGGUCUUCUUCUACAUGAGCUUCUACAGGCCGGUCCAGGGCUCACUGCUCAGCUGGUCCAACAUCAGGUACUCUCUGCAGGGAAGAAGCCUGCUGGAGGACUCCUAUGAGUGGCAGAUGAAGCAGCCAAUCAGCAAAAAGAAGCGGGGUCGGGUCCAGAAGGGAGAGGCAAAGGUGCGGAAGGAUUUCAAACCAAACCAAGAAAUCUAAUCCCGAAAACAGUGUUGGGAUUAAGAAACAAUCAUUCUUUAUGAGAUUAUUUGAUUCUAAUAAAUCAAAUUCUUUUAAAUUACAGAAAUAAGAUUUAAAUAUCUUUAAAUAAAAAACUGUUUUAUGACAUUAUGAACAAGAAAUGGUCUGAAUUUCAUCUUAAAUAAAAGUUUAUCCUAAUUCUUGUAUGUGAAUGUUGCUGGACUUUUAGUGGAGUCAAAAUUUGCCUCCAUUUUUAAUCUGUUUAUUUUUUUUCUGAACAUUAAACAAACUUGGGUUCGA